AUGGCAGCUGACAUUGCAACUGAAUCAUUUGAACAAGGUGACAAAGUUACCUUGAGAGUUUUGGUGGACAAACAAAAGAGCAAAGUUGUGUAUGCUGAAGCAGGGAAGGAUUUUGUUGAUGCUCUUUUCAGCUUCUUAACAUUGCCUUUAGGUACUAUUGCAAGACUUGUGGCAAAGGAGUCAGAUAUUGAAGCAGUGAUAUUUGGCAGCAUUAAUUCACUGUAUCAAAGUGUGACAGAUCUUGAUCAACAAUAUCUAUUUAAUCAAACCUGCAAAGAAAUGCUACUAACGCCCAGAAACUUCAUGGAAAGUUUAAUUCAGCAUAUGAAACUGAACAUAGACAACACACCUGUGCAGUAUUUUGCAUGCGAGGACUGGCAGUUUUGUAGGGGAGAUAUAAGUGGGACCCGUGUAACUACUUUUAGGAAUCAGAAAUGCAUUUGUGGAAAGCGUUUGAAUGCACCAUCUCUCUUUCACGUUGUCCCGAUUACUGAUGUGAAUGGCUUUUUUAAGGAUACUGCUACUUUUUUAAUUCGGGAUGAUUUUUGUGUGAUGCCUGAUGAUCUCGAAACAAGUCUGUUUUUGCUUAAGAAGCAAGGAUUCAGUGACUUUGCAAAUGUAGAGAAAAAAACGCUACAUAUCACCAAGAAUGAGGUAGUUGAUCUUCUCAAGUUGUCCUUGCUCUCCAAAACUCCUAUGACAGACUUUAUCUUUAAAAAUGGGAAAUUUGCUAAACCAAACUCAACAUUCCAGUCUGAGAUUAGGAUUGGAAAGGACUUACCAUCUGACCAGGGUAAUCAUAUGGUUGUGAAAGUACUGAGAAGAAAAUCAAACAGAAAGAUUUUGUUUGCUACAUCAGAGGAAGAUUUUGCAGACUUUCUUUUCAGCUUUCUUACGUUCCCCUUAGGAGGAGUAUUGCAAAUUCUAGAAGGAUUAUCUUCUAUAAGCAGCAUUGAUGUUUUAUAUACAAGCAUGACUGAAUUGAGUUCAGAUCAAUUUUUAAGGUCUAAGGUACUCAAAGACGAGCUAGCUGAUCCUCGUAUAUUUCCAGGAUUUAAACUCAAGAACCAGAUACUGCCAAUUGGAACACGUGAAUUAACUUCCAAGUUAGUUAAUGGUACACUUGCGACAUUUGUCGAUCCCAAUUAA